AUGUCAGACCAAUAUGCCUUGUUCAAGGAUGCUCUUGCGCAACGUGUUCUCGCACGCUCAACACCUUCCGGGGAUGCAGAUGGCGACGCACUGGACGACUUUUCGGAGUAUUUGGCGUCCGAGCUUUGGCCUGUAAUGCCUCAGGAGUUACAGGCAUGCACAUACGACUCGCAGCCGCCGACUGCUUUGGUAGAGAAACUGGAUGACCUUGACUCCGAUGCUCUCUCGAACCUGCCAACAUCCAUAUCUGACUCCCUCAUCUCGUUUGGAAUCGCCGCAGACUGGGACGCCGCGCGCGCACUGGCUUUAGCUGCCAUUCGAGACUACGUGGCCCAGGCUUGCGCACCACCUCCCGCUUGGUCGUCCACUCGUGCGACUGAAUGCGAGCUCUGCGACCGGACUGUUCCAUUGACCUAUCAUCACCUCAUCCCACGCAGCACACAUACGAAGGUCAAGAAGAAGGGCUGGCACCCGGAGAGUAUGCUCAACAGCGUCGCGUGGCUGUGUAGGCCAUGUCAUAGUACUGUGCACCAUGUCGCCGACAACGAGGAGCUCGCUAAGAGUUUCUAUACUCUGGACCUUCUACUCGAGCGGGAGGACAUACAGAGAUGGCGGAAGUACGCAGCUAAGCAACGCUGGGGAGUCAAGCGUGGAUGA